GGUCGCGCGCGGUUCGUCUUGCGUCGCUCCCCCGUUCGGACGGCACACCACGUGGGCUAAACUCACGUCGCGACGUCGUCUGCGAGACCUCGACCGAUCGUCCCACCUCGAAUCUCCUCGGUGGAGGCUGACCACCCGAGGCCGUUUCCACUAGGAGAGAGCCUGGGUCGACGGCGGUCCAGGUGGUGGUCCAUGAGAGGAGCGACACCGAUUCGCCAGGUCGCCACCGAGAGGACCAACGCCGAUCAGGGGGAUCAUCCUCGAGGCCCUCGACCCUUUCACUAGGGCGUGCGGUGCGACUCCGUCGCCGACCUUCCGCAACGUAGAAGAGAGGAGGAUCCACUUCGCGCGGUCGCGGCCGACGCGGAUGGCGAGCACUCGAAAAUAGGCGACUCCACGCCCGAAGUUCUAAUUCGAGAGGGGCACGGAUUUGCGAGUGCACGACCGAGGCGAGACUCGUGUACCACCCUCCGCUACGAUCUGCGAAAACGAGGUCGUGGAUCGCCCAAGAUGGCGAGCCCCUACUAACCCACGUGGAAUUAACAGCGUGUCGACGAGUGGCCCUAACCCUCUUAGACUAACGCGAGAUGUGAGAGUGAUAGAGAAGUAACCGUCCAGGAGGAGAUGCGGAAUGACGCGGCGGAGACGCGGAUCGCCGGGGACCGCAGCCGGAGGCCCCGAGGAAGAUCCUGAGGGUUGACCCUUCCGCGGAUCGGGGCUUUCACCAGGAAGACUGAACGGCGCAUUCCAGAGGAAAAAAGGUGCAGGACACGGUGACCAGUUUUUCAUUUAACUUUUCUAAGGACUCGAGGAGGACCUGCCAGUUCCUAUUCCCGGGACGGUUCCCUGUCCCCGCUACCUCGGCGACCAGGAACUCUGGCCGAGGAGGGAUGUCCCUCGAGCGGGUCGAAGGACGAAGGUGUGCGUUCCGACCUCCGGACAUCCAGAGGUAGCGGCCGUUCGGAGGACUCUAUCGUUGGGUAUCUGCCAUCGGAGGGGUCAGGACGGGAAGUCGGGGUUCCCGGGAGAGAUGGUCGCGAGUCAGGCCCAGGACUCGCCGAGGCCAGGAACGAGGGUGGACUCGACGCCCGGGAACGGAGGUCCUUGAGCCAGGGAUCGGAGGGAGUCGCCGAGCGAGAGGAGAACGCGUGGGCGGACGACCCGGACCGCCUGAAGGAGGGCGAAUCCGAGGAAUCAUCUCCUGGAAGGUCGGACCUAGAGAGAGGAGGAGAGGGUCGCGGGCUCUACCGGAGGCUAGGAGGCGCCGGACGGUCCCCUCCGGAGCUCGGGUCGGCUCGGGCCCGGGUACGUCGACAGGAGGCCGCGAGGAAGCUCAAGUGCUCGCCGCCGCCGCCGGAUGAGACUCCGGUCCAGAGAUCAUCUUCGCUCGCUUCGAUCCCAGAUAAGCGCGGGUCACUCGAUAAGGCCCAUGCCCGGUUUCCCGGGGCGGGGCCGACGCAUCGGCCGACUUCGCGGCCGGCCGCGACGCCGACACCACCGGCUGCAGUGAACUGCCGAGUUGCACAUUUCGCGGAUGCCCGGGACGCGGCCCAGGGUGGGGAUGGACGUCGACGGCGGUGCGAGGCCCCGAAUCCGCGGAUUCGCCAGUUCGACGUAGCGACCGAGACGCUGAGAGGGCCCGUUUACCGGGAUGUCCGGGAAGACGCCGAGGAGGCCCCUCGAGGGGGGCCCGACGACCUAGAGGACCUCGACCGCGGCCAGCGGAGAGGACCUUCCCCCGAGAACAUCUGCCGACGAGGCGCGACGCGACUUGGACUCGAUCCCGGAGGAGAGACCUGGACCACCCUUACCGCGAGUGGAGAACGAGGUCUUCGAGGGCCCCGAGUGGAAGAGGAGGCCCCUCGGAGACUCGAGGAGGGGAGCUCCGUGGACGAUAGCGAGGGCGGGGGAGACCGGGAGAGCCCCUCUCAGGUGGGGGUGUUCUCGCUCGGGGCCCGUUGCGGUGGGCCUCCGACCGGAGGAGAGGCCCCUUUCGAGGUUCGUUCCCCGGUCCCGAUUUACCCACGACCCUCGGGGGUGGAUCGAUCCCCCGGGGUCACCGAGGUCCGGGACCUCCGGGUUUCGAGGGGCACCGACUCGUCCCCACUUUUGAGAAGUACCCCCUGUCAGGGGUCCACUUCCAAGGAACUCCCGCGCAGGAAGGACCCUUCCGGCAAGUUCCUCGGGUCCUGUCGCAGGAAGUCGCGGAAGGACCUCGAGAUGAAGCUGAAGAUCAGGAUGGUCAGGAUCAGGGAGAGGCUGAUCCUGGCCGUGAGCGCCUUCGCCAUCCUCUUCACCCUGCUGCUGGUGGUCGACCUGCAGAUGGACCUCGGCUACAGCGGUCACCACCUGGUCCCCAGCCACGGCAGGGUCCGGCUGGGCGACGAGCCCGGCCAGGACACCGUCUACAACAACUUCCGCAGGAAGUUCCUGCAGCGGGCCAACGGCAGCCGGGAGACCUCCGGCAGCGAAGCCGCCGGCAGCACCCAGGGUCCCAGGGAUCCCGUGGGAACCCCCCCGAGGAAGACCCUGGCCACCGAGAAGCCCGUCCCGCGAGACGAUUUCGCCGACCUGAUCGAGUUCGUCGUCGGGGGCGACGGGGUCAACGCCGAGGACGGCGUCGUCAGGAUCAGCGGGGAGGACCACUCCGACAACCCCACCUUGGGGGAGCUGAAGAAGAUCCGGAACCGGAGGAACCUGACGACGCUCGAGAGGUUCCACCUAGACAUCGCCAGGAUGGAGAUGUACCCUCGGAGCUCGAAGUACGUCGGCCAGCUGCUCCACGAGAUGGCCACCAAGUCCAUCGUCCACGUAGUCCAGAAAGACGGAGGCACGCAAUUGAAGCUCGUAAUCGACUACUCUAACGGCAUGCAAGCCCUCUUCAAGCCAAUGAGGUUUCCACGGGAGCAGCAGACCCUGCCGAACCAUUUUUACUUCACCGACUUCGAGCGCCACACUGCCGAGAUCGCGGCCUUCCACCUGGACAGGCUCCUCGGCUUCAGGAGAGCUAUGCCCACCACCGGCAGGGUCCUCAACAUGACCACGGAGAUCUACCGGAUCGCCGAUGGGGAGCUCCUGAAGACCUUCUUCGUCAGCCCCGUCGGGAACCUCUGCUUCCACGGGAAGUGCAGCUACUACUGCGACACCGCCCACGCGAUCUGCGGGAGUCCCGACAACCUGGAGGGCAGCUUCGCGGCGUUCCUCCCGGGGAAGGAGCUGGGUCGCAGGAAGGUAUGGAGGCACCCAUGGAGGAGGAGCUACCACAAGCGCAGAAAGGCCCAGUGGGAGCAAGACUCCGAUUACUGCUCCCUGGUUAAGGAGAUCCCACCUUACGACGAGGGUCGCAGGCUCCUCGACCUGAUGGACAUGGCGGUGUUCGACUUCCUGACCGGCAACAUGGACCGCCACCAUUACGAGACCUUCACCAUCUUCGGGAACGACACCUUCACCCUCCACCUGGACCACGGUCGCGGGUUUGGCAGGCCCUUCCACGACGAAACGUCCAUCCUGGCCCCGCUCCUCCAGUGCUGCAUGAUCAGGCAGUCCACCCUGGCCACGCUGCUCAAAUUCCACAACGGGCCCGUGCGUCUCAGCGCCGCCAUGAAGGAGAGCAUGGCGAAGGACCCCGUGUCUCCUGUCCUGUGGGAACCCCACCUGGCCGCCCUGGAUCGCCGGGUGGUCCUGAUCCUCCAAGCCGUCCGGGACUGCGUGGACCGCAGCCUCCAGCAGGACGCUCUCCCGAGGGAAGCCAGCGCCGGGAGCGGCAACUCCUAGCCGAGGAACGACUUCUGAGCGGCUCGCCAUAUGUUCCUGGACCUCUUCCCGACACCCUGCAUAAGUAUCGAGAGUUGCGAGGAAUUCCUCGAGGUGUCCUUAUUUUAUUUUACCUUAUUUUUUUUUCAUGCGUCCAUCCUAGGGAAUAAGGACUCUCGGCUCGCGAGAAUUAGCGGACCUCGGGCAAAGAAUUCAGAAGUUCCACAGAGGCCCAGAUCCCAUGUCAGCGCUUGAUGCUCUAAAAAUUGACUAACAAACCAGGAGUGGGGGUAAAAAAAGAGAUCCCAUGUGUUAGUAUUUUAUAUACGAGAGGAAAAGAGAUGCAUAUUGAAAGGAAACUGGCGGUGAGAUAGAGGAAGAAUGCAAUUUGCUAUAUAUCGCCAUAAGAUUAAGAGAGACGAAGAGAUGAUCACAGCGCCGCCAUCGGCUGGCUAAUGUAUUAUUUGUCGCGCAGCAAACGUCCAUAUCCUUUAGGGCUUCUAUGGACACUUCUUAAUUCUUUGCAUCGAGACAUGGAGAUAUGGAAUCAGGGCGCUAAACGGUUGUCGGCGGAUUGUUGCUCCCGUUUGCCAGGUGAUUUAUUAGUAAGAUCAAGAGAGACGGAGAGAUGAUCGCAGCGCCGCCAUUCGCUGGCUAGCGUACCAUUUGUCAAGCAGUACUAUGGACACUUCUGAGUUUUUUGCAUCGAAACGUGGAAAUAUUGAAUCAGGGCGCUAAACGGUUAUCGGCGGAUUGUUGCUCCCGUUCGCCAGGUGAUUUAUUAGUAAGAUCAAGAGAGACGAAAAGAUGAUCGCAGCGCCGCCAUUCGCUGGCUAACGUACCAUUUGUCAAGCAGCACUAUAAACACUUCUUAAUUCUUUGCAUCGAACCGUGGAAAUAUUGAAUCAGAGCGCUAAACGGUUAUCGGCGGAUUGUUGCUCCCGUUCGCCAGGUGAUUUAUUAGUAAGAUCAAGAGAAACGAAGAAAUGACCAUAGCGCCGCCAUUCGCUGGCUAGCGUACUAUUUGUCAAGCAGCACUAUAAACACUUCUUAAUUCUUUGCAUCGAGACAUGGAGAUAUGGAAUCAGGGCGCUAAACGAUUGUCGGUGGAUUGUUGCUCCCGUUUGCCAGUUGAUUUAUUAGUAAGAUCGAGAGAGACGAAGAGAUGAUCGCAGCGCCGCCAUCCGCUGAUUAACGUACUAUUUGUCGCGCAGCAAACGUCCAUAUCCUUCUGGGCUUCUAUGGACACUUCUGAAUGCUUUGCAUCGAGACGUGAGAUAUCGCCGCUAAACGGCUGUCGGCGGAUUGUUGCUCCCGUUUGCCAGGUGAUUUAUUUCGUUCACUUGGCCAGAGAAAAGGAGGCCGUCGGGACGCAGGCGUCGGAGGAGGGCGAGCACCCUUUUUCCUGUUUCUCUUCCGCGGAAGGCGAGAUUUAAUAGUGGGGGACUCGCUCGGCUCGUGUUUCGGGAGAUUGAAUUAGGUGGUCGAUUAAAUGGAAAUUAAUCGAACGUGGCUUAUUGGGGCUGCCAAGUGAUUCAUGACUUUUGGCCAGCGGCCCAGCCAAGGCUGGAUUUCGAAACACCCGAGAGGCUGUGACGAGUGCCUGUUAACAAUGUCUAAACAUUCGAUAGCGAUCCGAUAGGGCCGUCGAAAAUUCCUGGGACAUUUUUCUUUUUUUUUUUCCCUUUGGAGUUCCGUCAAUUUCGGAAACCCUAAUGAGGUGUUGACCCCUUAACUCUUUGAGGCACGUGGUAUCAAAAGUGUCCCACCUUUUUAAUGCGUGUUUUACCUUACAACGUUAACAAUAAAAUUUCUUUGGAACAUGGGAUCUUUUUUAUUUUCUUAAAUUCCGUGCCUCAAAGGGUUAACGAGUAUCGUUCUUCAAUAAAAUCGGACGUUAAUCCGGGAGGAAUUCUCGGUUUUUUACAGCUUAUCAGGAGGUCUCGAGUUCCGUAAAAAUUCUUUGUAAAUUAUGUAAAUUCGUCGGAAGUCACGUGGAGGACUGCAACACGAGCUGUGUACAUAUAGGUAUACAUUUACAUAUACGGAUAUAUAUAUCUCGGGGAUAGAACUGUACAGACGUAUAGACAAGGUGUACAGUGUACAAUGCUCUCGCGUAAGGAAAGGUGAAAUUUGUAACAAAGGAUGAAAAAUGAUAAGAAACCUGCAGAAUAUGAUCUGCUAUCUCCUAGGGAAUUAUCUCAUAAUUUGUUGACUAUUUUUUUUCAGGCGCCCCAGCCUGUUGUGAGAGAUUUUUACAGAAGACUUUCCCCGGAAGUUACCUCGGGCGGCCUUAAUUAGACCUUUGCUUCGGUGUAUUAAUUAGCAAUGAGGGAAAAAAAAAACGUAGCGGGGAUGUUUAAAAAAAUAGGGAGGAAAAAUACGGAAAUCUCGUCAGCGAGAAAGUUUCGGCUCCCCGGGGAAUUUUCCGGGCGAACGGGAGAAAAGUGCAUGCUGCUUCUUUCUCCCUUUUCUUUACUCUUUUUUUUUUUUAAUUUUUUCCCCUUUUUGUUUUUAGAUAGGUAUUUCGUUUGUUUUCUAAGGCUGCGUAUAGUACUCGCUUAAAGAUUAAAAAGAAACAAGACGUGACGUGAGUUUGUUCCUACGAUGGGUUCGUCUUGUAAAAUUAAUUAAAAUUUUUAUUAUUUUUUCUUUCUUUCCAUUUUCGAAAAAAAAGAAAAAAGAAGGGGGGGCGGCGAAAUAUAUUUUACUCUUUAAGUCUAAGGUACACAAUUUAUUUUCGCGGGUUUUCGCCGUCAUUGGACAUUUCCUUUUUUUCUUCUCCCGUCCACUCGGGAUUUUUCAUAAGUGGACAAGAUGCUGCGUCGUGAGAUUUAAUUUUAGAUGAAAAUCAAGGGCACCCUCCUAUCGAUUGACCCUCCGAGAACGUGCACUUUUCGAUCGAGGACACGACGCUUUGCAAGGAAAAGAAGAAAGAAAAAGAAAAAAAA